GCAACGACAGACUAGUGGCUUGCGUGUGAAUUGCUCCUCCUCGACCCACAUGAGUUCAUUUCCUUCAAUGCUCCCCCUCCUUCACGCCCUCACUAUACCAUCUCCCUCCGUACAGUACUGCGGACAUAAUGAUGAUGAUACAUUGAUAUUCCUAUCCAGUCCUGUUUCACAGCAGCCCGAGGAACAUGGGCAAAACCAAUCGAAAAAAGGGGAGUCUUUUUCCGGGCUUGGCUCCCCAACCAACUUCUUUCUUUUUGAUUAUUUUCCCCUGAAAAAAUUCGGCCGUCCUUCUCGUGCUCGAGACGGAGUCCGUCAUCCGGCUGAUUGGGCCCGUGAUCUGCAAGCUGCGCAGCGGAAGCACGCCGCCAAAGAGAUGAAUUACCGAAUCCCCAGGCCCUGUUGUUGAUGCCCAGGUGGUGGUGUGGUCCACGCUUCACGCUCCACGUCGAGAAAAUAACGGCUGCCGUGACCCCU